AUGGCACUGAGAGUUGUCAGGGCCCUGAGCACUCCUUUUGCCUUUAGGCAGCAGAAAUGGAAAAGCUUUGUCUCCACACAAGCAAAAAUGCCUCCUUGCGAUUUUGUACCUGAAAAAUACAAAUCCUAUCCAUAUGAACGUAUGCAGAAGAUUCGUGAACAAAAUAUUUCUCCUUCACUGCGAAUGUAUUACAAGAAGCCGUUGUUGUUGCAUCAAGGACAUAUGCAGUGGUUGUUUGAUUAUGAAGGACGAAGAUACCUUGAUCUAUUUGCUGGAAUUGUCACUGUCAGUGUUGGUCACUGCCACCCAAAGGUAACUGUGGCUACCCAGAAACAGCUUGCUCGCCUGUGGCAUACCACUAAUAUCUACAUGCACCCAUCAAUCCAGGAGUAUGCUGAAAAGCUAACUUCUCUUCUUCCAGAUCCACUUAAGGUGGUUUAUCUAACCAACAGCGGGUCAGAAGCCAAUGAUUUGGCUAUGUUCAUGGCAAGGCUAUAUACUCGUAACUUCGACAUCAUCUCUUUCAGAGGAGCAUACCAUGGAGGCAGCCCUUACACGCUGGGAUUGACAUCUAUUGGUCUUUAUAAGCAUGGUGUCGCCAAUGGCUUUGGCUGUUCAACAACAAUGUUACCGGAUGUUUUUCGUGGUCCAUGGGGAGGCAGCCGUUGUAGAGAUUCUCCAGUACAAACUGUUCGAAAAUGCAGCUGUUCUGAAGGUGUAUGUCAUGCAAAUGACCAGUACAUUGAACAGUUCAAAGACACUCUGAAUACCUCAGUGCCAAAGACGAUAGCUGGAUUUAUUGCUGAACCAAUUCAAGGUGUUAACGGCGCUGUUCAGUACCCAAGAAGUUUCUUAAAGGAAGCUUAUCAGCUAGUACGGGAGAGAGGGGGCAUUUGUAUUUCAGAUGAAGUACAGACAGGAUUUGGACGGACUGGCAGCCAUUUCUGGGGAUUUCAAACACAUGAUGUAGUCCCUGACAUUGUUACUUUGGCAAAAGGAAUUGGUAAUGGCUUUCCAAUGGCAGCUGUUGUUACAACAAAAGAGAUUGCAAGUUCCUUGGCUCAAAACCUUCACUUUAAUACAUUUGGAGGAAGCCCUUUGGCCUGUGUAGUUGGAGCUGCAGUUCUUGAUGCUAUUGAAGAAGAUGGUCUACAAAAAAAUAGUGAGGAUGUGGGAACAUAUAUGCUACUGGAGUUGGCUAAACUACGGGAUAAAUUUGAGGUUGUUGGAGAUGUCCGUGGCAAGGGACUUAUGAUUGGAGUAGAAAUGGUGACAGAUAAGGAUAGUCGCCACCCUCUUCCAGCUGAAGAAAUCAAUCAGAUCUGGGAGGACUGUAAAGACAUGGGGGUUCUAAUUGGCAGAGGAGGACUCUACAGUCAGACAUUUAGAAUUAAACCUCCUAUGUGCAUUACUAAAAAGGAUGUCGACUUUGCUGUGGAAGUAUUUUAUACUGCUUUACAGAGACACAUGGAGAAAGCAGCUGCAAAACAGACUUGA